UGAUUCUAUUCUAUUCAUUUUAUUUCCCUUUUCUACUUCUUUUAUACAUAGUCAUCAUCCUCCCCUCCAGCCAGAUGCUUCACUGCUCUUUUCCAAUCCAUACAUAUCCACCUCCGCCUCCACCUCCACCUCCAUCAUCCUGACGCAUCCCGUUCCGAUCUUCCUCAUCGUGAACCCCGUUGUCAUUCCUCCUCCUCAUAUGGCACCGGUGGUUGCGGCGAAUCCCAGAGUGGAUGAUCAAUCGGCUUACAUUCCUCCUCCGAAACAGAGUCCAACUCGUUACUCGGCGUAAGCUGAGUUGGUUCUUCCACCUGGAAUUUAUCCUUGAUUUUCUAUUUAUUUAUUCGGUUUAUACUUUGACUUUGACUUUUGACUUCGAUCAUCUAUAUUAUAAUUUCCCCCCCUCUUUUGUUUUGUUACUGGAUGGUACAUAGUGAACUUGAAGUGAACGUCUGUUGUCUAUUUGGAUUGAAGAAGUUCGUUCUCUGGUCUAUUUCACGAGGCUCUGACGGAUAGAACUGUCAAGACAGACGAUAGAGAAGAAGAGGAAGAAAAAGAUAUAAAAAAAAAAACGAAAAAACAAGGAAAGAAAAGA